CACAAACCUUUCGCAUCUCGAAACAAUAUGGCGGUCGGAGUGAAGUUGACUUUUAGGACUUGAGAGGACUUUAUUCACAAAUUUGUCGGCUGCGAAAGAAAUGAAUACGAUCAAUCCUUUGGCCAACCCAAAGGGUGUCAAACUUUUAUGUGAGUUGUGCCAGAAGCCAGCAUUUGUUCAAUGUACGGACUGCCGAGUAACUUACUAUUGGUAAGUUCAUGUCUUGUGCGCUGAAUUCUGAAUGUUUACUCUGUUUAAAAUGAAAGGUUCUGCUCUUGAAAUUAAAAUUUCUAAAUUGUUAAGUGAAGUAAAUUGUUCUUAAUAACAGAUAGGGGGCACAUCGGAGUCUGGAAUUUUUCAGGCUUCUUUUCAGAGAUUAUUUUAAUUGUAGCUCAUCUGCAAAGAUAGUAUCUUUACUUUGUACAUCACCCGCAGGUCACUAUACCAAUGAUUUAAUUUCAUUAUUAGAGGAGUAUUUUACCGCAGCACUAGAGGGGUAUUAAUUUUUGAAAUUUGCAACAAGGAUACUAGUGCUGCGGCACUUGGGAGAAAAAUUGGAAUUCUUUGAAGACCACUGAAUUUUUGUUUAGUUAUGCAUCAUAUAUACCCGGUACUUAAUGUUAAGGUGUUUUGUUGUAGAUGAAAAUAAUUUCAUAAUAAAAAUUUCAAAUUGAACUAGUUUGAUAUGCAUGUGCUUUCUUUACUUAAGUAUUUCGGUAAUUUAGUCGUAGAAAUAAUGUAGUGUCGUAUCUUUAAGAAUGCAUUCAUCAUAGGAGUAGAUUGGCACUACUGCAUGACUGUAAAGUAACCCUUUAACUCCCAAGAUCUCAUUAGUAAUUCUCCUUACUGUCUGUUAAGUGAUUAUCAUUAUGUUAGUUUGGAGAAUUUGGUAUUGGAUCAUUUAUUAAUCCCUUAAUUGAUAUUUUUCUUUAUUAUUGUAUAGAUAUAGUAAGGAGAAAUUCUGUCUUGGUCACUCACAGGAGUUAAAAAUUGAAAUGUAUUUUAAGUGAGGUGAAUAUUGAUUAUAGUGUGUUGUAAGUUGACCAUCUGAUGGGAAUAUUUAUAGACUUAACAAACAAUUUAAAUGGGUGGUUGACUCUCAAUAUGACCUGAAAUCCAUUUUAGGCUAUGUUCCUUAUUUUUUUUAUAAGAUUUCUGCAGCUAUUCUUGUGAACUAUUACUUGGUGUAUAAUACUUGGUGUGUAAACUACCUGUGAAGAAAGCUCUUUUCUCUCUGCAUAAGUAAGUUAAAAUUAUAAGUAGAAAUUGAAAUGAAAUGGCAGUUUUGCAUGUUUUGUUCCUUUUCAGUGGUCCUGAGCAUCAGAAAACUGAUUGGCUUGGAAUUCAUGAAAAGAUAUGUCAGUUGUUAAUUCCAUUGCGAACACCCAUUCCAUUUCUUGGAUCAGAAGAAGAAAGGCAGCACAGGAAACAACAGCAAAUAGUCAGACAGGUAUUCAUCAUUUUUGUUACUGUUUUGAACAGAAAGGUAUUGAAAAACAUUUAAGAAUUCAAAGUACAAAAUUGUUAAAAUAUCUUAACCCUUUAAGUCCCAAGAUCAAAUUAGUAUUUCCCCUUACUGAACUUGAAGACACUCCUUGAUUGAUAUAAGCUUGUCUAUUCUCCAUAACUUUUUGCAAGAUGAAAAAGUGGAAUUGCAAGGAGAAGUUAAAAAUAAAUCACUGUUUGGUUUCCUUCAAACAGACACAAAUGAUUGAAUUAUGCCGCACAGAGGGUCAAAAGUUGCUCUUUGAAGGUAGAUAUGACAGAGUAGUUCCAGCAGCACUGGAAUCCUUAAAGUUCUCUAUUGAGGUUUAUGGCUUGAGUAGCAUUGAGCUUGUCCCUUCAUACCUUAUACUGGGAGAGGCAAGUAUAGGUGAGUACUUUUAUUGAAGUUAGAUAAUGAAUUAUGUAGUGUGAUUGUGGGGAUUGGUGCAGUCCUGAAAGACAACUAUAAUGUUUGUGAUAAUGACUGGUGUUUGGACAAUGGGGGCAAAAGUCAUCAUUGGAAUCAUGCUUGGAGUCAGUGACUCAAAUGAUGACUACAGUUCAGGUUGUUGAAAUGUCAUUCCUUUACAAGACUACUCUCACAUGGAUGAUUGGACUAAACAAGCCAUGGCUACUCUAAGGCUCCAACCUUUGCUGAUAAGUGCUGUGGUAAUAUUUUUUAGUCAAGUCAAAUGUCUCUUUCAAUAGUUUGAGAUAAAGCAACUCUUCUCAAUAAAAAAUUUAAGGGUAAAAUAAUGUUAUGAUUGUUUGCAAAGCAUAGUGUACUUAGUCAAUAGAAUAAGACAUAUGGUAAAGUGUCACUGGUGAAAUUAAAGAAAGAUGUUACUUGUUUUCUCAUCAGCUUGGAAAAAAAGAGAAAUCUAAGUAUAUCAUUAAGAAUCAAAUGUGAGACCUUUGGAUUUGCUUUAACCUCUCAUUAGCACUGAGUUAUAGAGGACUUGUAUGGCAAAAGAGUCUGUUGUCACUUUAUCAGAGUAGUUGUAGUUUUAACAAGUUGAUAUCCUACAUGUGUAUUUAGGUCUUGGUCGGUUAUCUCAAGCAGAGGAGUAUUUAGCUCAAGCCCAGUGGACAGUGCUUAAGACUCCUGAAUGUCCAGACAGUAUCAAGUCAAAGCUCUUCAGGAACUUGGGUUUGCUGUAUGCGGCACAGGGAAACUACCCUGAUGCUCUCUCACAACUAGCUGAUGAUGUAAGUUUAACUGACAGUCUGACAAGUCACCAGAUAAGCAUUUGGAUGGACUAGCAUCUAAUUUCUCUGUACAAUAUCACUCUUGAAUUGAACAUUAAGAUCAUGAGAAUAAAGAAAAUGAUCACCAACUGAAGUAGUGCUUGAUUGUUAAACAAAUUCUCCUUAUUAGCACCUUGACAAAUGUAUAGAGAACAGUAUGGAGAAUAUGCAUAUAGUGUAAAGAGUUAAACUCUUAUUUGUUUAGAAAUGCAAGUCAACAACAAAAAUAAUUUUUUGAACAAUAAUUUUUUUUUAAUGCAAUUUUGAUUCAUGCAGAAAGUGUGACCCAAAGGCCUUUCUUUGACAAAACCUCCAAUGUUUAUAUCCACUCAUUGUUUUGUAGAUCUAUCACUCAUCCAGAGUGCAUGGUACAGAUGACAUUAGGACCUCUGGUGGAUAUUUUCACAUGGCCAAUGUGUUCUACAGGCAGAACAAGUUGGAUGUAGCAUUUUCUCUGUACAAUCAAGUAAGGCAAUAUCACGAUGACUGUAUAGAGUUAAAAAGUCCAGGAGUUGUCAAACUGUUAGACUGUAUUUACUCUAUUUAAGACCAAUAUCGUGGCAUUUCAAACAUUUUUUGCAAGUCAUGGAGUGUUUUUAUAACAUUAUUUAUUUUUCUUGGAAAAAUAAAGACAAAGAAAUAUAAAAUGUUAAAAUUACAUCUGCUGUCUCUUCUUGCCCAGUGCUCUUUGCAUGUUUGCAAAAGUUUGAUCUCACUGCCUGCUGAUUUGAGUUUAAGAGUUUAAUGGAAGGGAAGGAAACCAUCACUGUUUCAAACAGUCAAACUUAACUAUGAGGUUUUGGAGGAAGAGGAAUUUCCAAGGCUGUUUAAGCCAAAUUUAAAUCUAAGCUAAGUUCCUCAGAAGCAUCACGUUACUUGUUGGGGCACUUACUAAGGGGUAUUGCAUAUCAGUGUUUUUGGUCUCACAUGUAGCACUUCUUCCAGGAUGGCAUAUUCAAUAAAUGCAGUAUGAGGCUUGAGAAAAGUAGAGUAUUGGUGCUUUUGUAGCCAAUCAGCCAAUAUGUAUAGUGUUCUUUUGUAUUUUACAACUCACAGACAUUGCAGCCUGAAGUUGUUUGGUGGUAGCCAUAGUAGCCAGAAAAUAGGCCCUUGUUGUAUUGCUGCUUGGUACAAGUUUCUCUUCAAGGGGAAGAUUUGAGAUGAAUCAGGGUGAGGUUUUCUGGGGGUGUGUUAUUGAUAAUAGCAGUUGCUAGACCCCUUGAGACCUCUCGCUAGCUUGCUUUGCUCUAGGCCUCAUACUUUACAAUGGGCAAAGAACUGCUUGUGGUAAUGUACUGAUAAUGAGGGUCUGCUGGCAGGCUAUAGUCAGAGGGAGUAAUAAGACUGCUGCAUUAGCAGUGUAUUCACUUCAAAUUACAUGGAAAUUGCAAUUUGCUACAAUGAUUUGGUCUGUCACUUGUCUUGUGUGCCAGACUAUUAUGAAUGUAUUUUCACAAUUCUAAUGGCAUGAACUCAUUAUUAUUUCCAGGUGACAGACAUCUGGUUCGAACAUCUUGGCAAAUUGGUGGGUCAGAGAACCAAAACGCCUGCAGAACCUUCUGGGAUAGGACCAGCCUUCAACUCUGGUGUACCAACAGAUUUUGAUGUUUUAGGUACUAAAAUGUGGAAUGUGUGUUAAAUUACAAGAUCUGUGUUUGUUUUUCAUUCGUUGGGAAAUUUCAGUUUCCUAUAACUCAGCGGCACAGCAUACAAAGUGACAAUAAUUGUGAUAAAAUAUGUUACUGAGGGUCUCACUGGAAGUAUUUUUUCUUAGUUCAAAUGCUUUUGACGCUAGCUAAGAAAAUUUUGCUUUUCGUGCCGGCUUCGAGGGGGUUAAAUAGGAAUGAAGGAAACGAGCUCCUGAACAAUUGGCUCUUAAGGCUUUGCCACUCAUUUCAUAGAUCUCCAUUCCAAACCUCUUCGAAACAAUCACCUGCGUCUUUUAUUGCAAUUGUUUUGUCUGAGUGAGCCUCUCUGGUGGAGAUUAUGUUUGUGUAAUUUACCCUUUUUGUGUCUAGAGGUUUUGAAAAAAAUAACAUAAGCUACAGCUGGAUUUCAAAUGGUUAAAGGUUGCGCAACUAGCAGGCUAUCAGAGACUCGUGUCAGGACUUCCUUGUGUAAAAUUUAUAAGCAAGGUAAAUUAAAAGUGAACUUUAGAUGUUUCCUUUUUUCAGACGAGGCUCAAGAAGCAGAGGCUAUCAAGGUGAUAAAUGCCAUAUUGGACCUGCGAGAGCAGCAGACAGUCCAAACUCCAGCAGUCAUGUGUAAAAUAUAUUUCACCACAGCCAUGUUACAGUUUAUUUUGGGAGAUAUGCCAAAAGUAAGUCCGUAUAACUUAAAUCGUACGACUGUGGUUAAUUGCCGUGUGCAUGCACAAACUUGAUUUGUGCAUAAAGUCCGAAAGAUAGUCCGCGAGCAGGCCGUAGGCUGCGGCUCGAACGGCGACACCGUGAGAAACGAGCAGACCUUGUUAAAUACCGUCUUAUUUUGUCCUCAUAGUAAACAUGAUACAAUUUAUGCAUUUCUUACUGACACGACGAAUCACUUCCCUCCCUAUUCAUAAUCAGUUUUCAAUCUGAGAGGGUUAAAAGUUUCCAAACUAAAUGUCUUAGUUUCCAUCGUUCGGUAGACUGUUCUUUUACGCGCUGAAGCGUUUGUUAUUUUCGUUGCAGGCAAGAGAUUUUGGGAUCAAAGCUCGAACUGCCUGCGAGAGUGCAGUUUCGUCUGACGAAGGAACCAUGAGUAAUCUCGUUGAAUUUUUGAAAGCUGUCGAGAGAUUUAUGUAGCGAACUUAAGUCAGCGAUAGAAAGCGUUCUUUUAAAGCGAUGCCAGUGAGUAUUUACGAUCAUUCUUCGGAAGAAAAAAGUCUCAAGUACUUUUUUUAAAAAGUUGAAAUAAGAAAUUAUUUUUCUCUAUUUGGAUUUUAGUGUUAUUUUUGUCUUAAAAUGUUCCUAAAAUCCGAUCUUGUGAAAAAGGAAUUACAUCGUGCAGAAUUUUUUAAAAUUUUUGCAAUUCUUUUCAUGAGGACCAUCCACAAGUUCUUGUACUUAUGUGUAGUUCAUCUCCGCCACUUUCAUAAAAUCUAGCUUUAUACCUGUAAGUCAACAAAAUCUUGACCGGUUAAGCUAGGAGUUUUUAAAUAACUUAAUCUUAUACAAAACUUGUGAUGCAACCCACCGAGAACGAGUUAAAGCAGGGAGGACUUUUUAGAGUCUUGGUAUGGCCUUGUAGUUGUAACUGACCUAAUGUAAAUAGAUGUGCAUAUCCGACAAUUGUACGCAUUCGUCAAAAACUUUUUUUUAAUUGUGCGCUUAGGUAUCUUGUUGAUAUAAGUUAUUUUCACGAAGAAUUGUCUGCGCAUAAUCCUCUUUUUUGCUGGCUUUUAUUUCGUCAAUAGUAUUUCCCUUUCUAGACGUAAAUACCUAACUGUGAAACGAUUAUUAAAUGUAAAAAAUCGUUGUCACCAUUUUGUGUCUAACGUCUAUUACCAAGUAUUGUACCUUUUUGACCCUCGCGUUUUUUUCUAACGCAUAUGUAGAGCCCUUGUAAAAAAAAAAAACGGAAUGUUUUUAAAGGUAAAAUAACUCAAAACAUACGUCCUAUGUUCUCUUAGAGGUGUUAAGGUGCUUAGACAACUCGUGAAAACUUGGCAAAACACAAAGCAACUGUAAAAACAUCUAUUUGUGGAACUAUAACCUGUUUAAACAGAGGGGAAUUUUUUUUUCUAGCGAAGAAUUAUGCGAUAUGAAAAUUGAGCGUUCAUUUUUUGCAGAUGAGAUUAAACUCAUUAUUCAACAGGGGGUUAUAAUUUCAAAGAUAAAGUGGUCUUAAGUUGAGUUCUCUUUUCCUCUUAGCAGCGAAGGUCAUCGUGUUACUCCUACCAAGAAAGCGUUCCAUUUUGUAUACAUCAGUAGAUGUAUUUGAGUCGAUUUUCGUACAGGCUGAAAGUUGGUUAUUGACGCUUUGAAUUUGAUUAAACAAAGUCUUACACCCAGACUGUCGUUGUUUUCACAGGUGCAACGAUGAAAAAAACUCAAGCCGACAGUUUUGGUGUUUCUGACGGGUUCCAAACUUGAUGUUAUUUGAUGUCAAAACCUUGUGCAAAAUUCCACUAUGUACAAAUAUUUACUUCGAAUCGAACAACCUCACAGAUGAAAAUCCUUAGAAACGAUAUCAUAGAGUGGUAUUCCGAUAAUUUAUGUGCUAAUGCUCUAUUGAACAAAAGUCCAAAAUUAUUGUCGCAACAAAAAUUUACGCUGUUUCAGUGACUGGGAUUUUUUGAAUGCUUGAAAAUACUAGUCAAUACUAUUUCUAAGCAUUCAAAAAUUCCCCUACGCUCCCACUAAAAGUACAUAAUUAGUUCAGACUAAGGCACCGAAUAUCAGCGGCUCCCUUUAUUUCAUGACACUGUUUGUAUUCAUUUUGAAUUGUGCUUCACUAUCUUGGCGAUCUAUUGGUUCGUUGGAUGACAAACCUAACACAAGGUGCAUUUACAAAAUACCCACUCGUAACUGUUUGUUUAUGGACGUCGUAACAUGAUCAGAUUAGUUGAAGGUUUUCGCCUUAGCUAAAACGUACAUUAAGCAAUUACAUCGGAGUAGAACUAAUCGGAUUUUUCUUUAAACUGCUAUUGGUAAGUUAAGGACUCUGUUAUUAAGAUUUUCUGCUGAGCGAGGGUAGAUCCUAUACUCUUUGGAAGUCUUGCAGGUGCAUUUGAAGUUCUUAAUUCAACCUGGGUGGUUUUAUGUGUCCAAAAAAAAACACAUCGUUCUAUUAUUAUUUAAAUUCAUAACAAAUUGAGAAAAAGAUCACUUUACAUUUGCAUUCGGAAGGAUUUUUCCCUAAACCGGAAUUUUAGUGGAAAAAUGAAAGACUCUUUAAAUAUUAAUCACCUGUAAGACCUUUCCCAACAGCUCAGUAGUGCGGCUAGGAAUUCAUUGAUUUUAAUUUUCCCAGCCUGGCGAUGUCGUUGGCCAAUGAAAGCUUCAAUUAUACCCCCAAGAACGAAAGCGUCCAAAACGAGAACUGCUUUGAGAAUGAUUUAACAGCUGUUAAAAUGGCCAGGAUCGUUCCUUAUUGCAUGCUGCUUGUAGUAUCUCUUCUUGGAAAUUCUGCGAUCAUUGCCGUGGUAUGGAAAGAACAGCGCCUGAGGAAAACGGUUAACUUUUUCAUGGUCAACAUGUGUACUGCAGACCUUUUAAUAACAUUGUACAUGCCUCGCUCGCUGUCUGUGUGGCAUGAUGGCUAUAAAUGGCAGCUAUACGGUACAUUGGGACUUGUGGUAUGUAAGUUCGCUGUUUUCAUGCAUCAAACUGCCAUUUGCGUUUCCAUAUUCACUGUGGUAGCCAUCAGCUUUGAUCGAUUUUUCGCUGUGAUAUUGCCGUUGAGGACCAUUAUUACGAAGAAAAUUUGUCGAAUCAUUAUUACAAUGAUAUGGUUCUCAUCCGUCGUUAUUCGUCUGCCGAUGUUGUAUGGCCUGAAACUUAUUAAGACCAAAAAUGGCGAAACGAGUUGUCAUCUGUCAUUAGACGAUGUGUUCUACCAAGGAGCCGAAAAGACCUAUUACAAUUUUACCCUCAUUGGCCUCUUUGCUGUGCCUUUAGCAGUGAUAGUUGUGCUGUAUUCGGCCAUUUUAAUUUCCCUGAAACUACGAAAAGCACCCGGAGAAGAAAUCGCUGGAAGAGAGCAUACAAGAGACACACGGAUAAAGAAGAAAGUUCUUCGAAUGGUGUUGAUAGUGGUGGCUGCAUUUGUGCUCUGCUGGUUGCUCUACUUUGUCCAACUCAUUUUAUUUUCGUACAAAAUACAAGUGGGCUGUGAAGUUUUAUUUUUCAGAUUGUUUUUGGCUGAUCUAAACAGUGCAGUGAAUCCAUGUUUGUGCUUCGCUUUAAACGAGAACUUCCGUACAGGAUUGAAACGCAUUCUGGUUCGCUGCGCGCUUUGUAGUGGUAUUCUCAGCGAGGAGAAUUCCUCGCAAAAGGUGUUUCCGACAAGCACAAUGAAUCUGUGGAAAACUCAACAAAAUGACGAUGAGCAAAGUUGA